GAGACUGUGAGAGAGAGGGAGAUUGUGAGAGGGAGAUUGUGAGAGGGAGAUUGUGAGAGGGAGAUUGUGAGUGGGAGAUUGUGAGUGGGAGAUCGUGAGUGAGAGAUCGUGAGUGGGAGAUCGUGAGAGGGAGAUCGUGAGUGGGAGAUUGUGAGUGGGAGAUCGUGAGUGGGAGAUCGUGAGAGGGAGAUUGUGAGUGGGAGAUUGUGAGUGAGAGAUCGUGAGUGAGAGAUCGUGAGUGGGAGAUCGUGAGUGGGAGACAUCGCGAGGGCGAAAUCGCGAGUAGAGAGACCAUGAGAGAUUUCUGCGCCGGUUUGAAACUUGCAGGCCGGCCCUGCCUACAACCCAUGGUGGCUUUAACCUGCAGGCUGAGUCGCAGUAUGAGGAGCUCACAUACUUGAAAGAUCUGGACACGGUCCCUGUCUUCGGCGAGCUCCUCCAAGGCUACCACUUUCUCGGGGUCAUGUAGCCCACAUGCCCAGCCACCGCACGCCCAAGCAGCUUAUGUUUGGCCCGAUAGGGGAGGGCUAAACGGGCGCGGUAUGGGCUAGAGAAGAGAUGGAGUGAUGUGGUACAGGAGGAUGUGGAGCUAAGUGGACUUGCCGAUGACUGGCACCAGUGGUGUCAAGAUCGGCCUCUGUGGAGGAGGAGGCGCGUGAAGGACGCUGCUACUGGGCAGUUGGAGGCAGUUGCCCUCCAGCAACAAUGCAGGGCAGAGGAGCGACACAACAACGAGCAGAGCGCUGGGCGACUAAAACGCACCAAGUUUGCACAGUAGAGGGCACAGGUGGUGGUGCAUCUCCCAGUCAUCUCAGUCAGAAUCAGAAUGUUUAUUUAGACUGCAGGAGGAGGAAUCCGAUGAGCUAUUAAUCUCUUUUCCACAGAUGUCCAGUAUGUGCAUGGGGAGUCAGCGAUUUACAACGGCAAACACACGAUACACACAAACACACGAUAGGAGUGCAUAGUAGAACAACAGUUCCAGGACGGGAAUGAUGAACGAGGGAGGAGAGAUGAAGAUCUACUGCCCGGUUUGCAACUGGGUGGUGGUCAGCCUGCCUGCCCUGGAGGACCACAUGAAGCAGCACAGGGGUCGGACCGAGCCCGUGCUGUACCAGUGCGCCCACUGCCCGUACAGCACGGACAAAGCGGCCACUCUGAUCGGCCACCAGAGGAGCCACGCCGACGAGAUGCUCCACAAGUGCUGGGUGUGCGAUGAAGUUUUUUCUAAUUCGGAAGACUACUGCUCCCAUCAGACCACGCACAUCAAUCGAGCGCGACGCAGGAAGUCGAUCGUCCCACCACCAAAAGACGUCUCACCGGACAAGAGAAUCCGCGCGGGCGAGAGGCCCUACCACUGCAACGUCUGCGGGGUGGACUUUACUCAGUCGCACCACCUCCUCAAACACCAGAGGAUCCACACUAACGAGAAGCCAUACGUGUGCACCGUGUGCGGAAAAGCGUUUGUCCGCUCGGCCAACCUCGUUACCCACACUCGGGUCCACACGGGCGAGAAGCCGUACAAGUGUGCCACGUGCGGCAAGGCAUACAGCCAGUCGACGGCUCUCAUCAACCACAAGAGGACCCACACCGGCGAGAAGCCCUAUGUGUGCUCGGUGUGCGGGAAGCGAUUUACCCUGUUAAAGGUUCUCGUCCCACAUGAGAGGACCCACACGGGCGAGAGGCCCUACGAGUGCACCACGUGCGGCAAGUCCUUCACCCAGUCAGGCACCCUGGGCAUCCACAAGCGCACCCACACGGGCGAGAGACCAUACACGUGCGACGUGUGCGACAGAUCGUUCACGCACUUGGGCACCCUCCACGUACACAAGAAGACGCACGCGGGCGGGAGGUCCCUCACGUGCCCCACGCGCGGGAAGGCCUCCUCCGAGGCGGGGGGCCUCCGGGCGUGCCGGCAGGCCAGCGCGGGCUCCAGCACGUCGACGCCGCCGGCUCGUACCCCGCUCCUCCGCCGCUGCGCCCGCGGGAGGGCCGGGCUCCACAAGGGUGGGACUGCCGCUGGGGAGGUCGUGGCGAGCCUCGGGAGUGAGGGUCUCAUGGCAACCGACUCGGCAACCCCCUCGGUGACCCCCUCGGCAUCGCUAACAUCAGAACACGGAGAGACCUUCAGCUUCGAGACAUUGCCAGGGGUCAAGGUAGAAUGCGACGGUGAAGAUCCUUCCGCCUCCCUAUCGAACAUGAAGCGGGAGUGCGGAGGGAUCGCCAGCUUUGAGACGUGGUCAGGGGUCAAGGUGGAAUGCGACGGUGAAGAUCCUACUGCCUCCCUACCGAUCGUGAAGCGGGAGCACGGAGAGAUCGCCAGCGUCGAAACGUGGCCAGGGGUGAAGGUAGAACUUGGGGGGGAGGAUUUUUUAGCUCCCCUCUCGAUCGUGAAGCAGGAACGGGAAGAAAGCCCCGGCUGUGAGACGCGGCUGGGUCCCAGGACGGGAACGAUGAACGAGGGAGGAGAGAUGAAGAUCUACUGCCCGAUCUGCAAAUGGGUGGUGAUCAGCCUGCCCGCCCUGGAGGACCACAUGAAGCGGCACAAGGGCCUGACUGAGCCCGUGCUAUACCAGUGCCCCCACUGCCCGUACAGCACGGACAAAGCGGCCACUCUGAUCGGCCACCAGAGGAGCCACGCCGACGAGAAGCCCUACAAGUGCAGGGUGUGCGGGGAAGUUUUUGCGAAUUCCGGAGACUUCUGCUCCCAUCAGAGCGUGCACAUCAAGCGAGCGCGACGGGGGAAGGCGUUCCCCCCACCGCCAGGAGACGUCUCGCCGGACGGGAGGAUCCGUGCGGGGGAGAGGCCCUACCACUGCAACGCGUUCGCGCGCGCGGGCACCCUCGUCGCCCACAAGCGGGUCCACAUGGGCAAGAAACCCUACGGGUGCGACACAUACGGCAAGGCGUUCAAGCAGUCGGGGGUGCGACUAAAGCAGUCGGGAGUUCCCAGGACGGGAACGAUGAACGAGGGAGGAGAGAUGAAGAUCUACUGCCCGAUCUGCAAAUGGGUGGUGAUCAGCCUGACCGCCCUGGAGGACCACAUGAAGCGGCACAGGGGUCGGACCGAGCCUGUGCUGUAUCAAGGAGCCACGCCGACGAGAAAGCCCUACAAGUGCAGGGUGUGCGAUGAAGUUUUCGCGAAUUCUGGAGACUUCUGCUCCCAUCAAAGUGUGCACAUGAAGCGGGCGCGACGCGGGAAGGCGUUCGCCCCACCGCUAGGAGACGUUUCACCGGACGACAGGAUCCACGCGGGUGUGAGGCCCUACCACUGCAACGUCUGCGGAGUGGACUUCACUCAGUCGCACCACCUCCUCAACCACCAGAGGAUCCACACGGGCGAGAAGCCAUACGCGUGCGCCGUGUGCGGUAAGGCGUUCGCGCGUUCGGGCACCCUCGUCACCCACAAGCGGGUCCACACUGGCAAGAAGCCGUACGGCUGCGCCACGUGCGGCAAGGCAUUCAAGCAGUCGGGGGCGCUCCUCAACCACGAGAGGACCCACACGGGCGAGAAGCCCUACGGGUGUGCGGCCUGCGGGAAGCGAUUCGCCCAGUCGAGGGGCCUCGUCAUACACGCGAGGACCCACACGGGCGAGAGGCCCUAUGGGUGCGCCAUGUGCGGCAAGUCCUUCGCCCAGUCGGGAGCCCUGUCCGUACACAGGAGGACGCACACGGGCGAGAGGCCAUACGCGUGCCCCACGUGCGGCAAGUCGUUCUCCGAGUCGGGCACCCUGGGCAUCCACAAGCGCACCCACACAGGCGAGAGGCCUUACGCGUGCGACGUGUGCAGCAGCUCGUUCACGCACUCGGGCACCCUCCGUGCGCACAAGAGGACGCACGCGGCCGGGAGGUCCUUCGCAUGCCCCACGCGCGGGAAGGCCUCCUCCAGGGCGGGGAGCCUCCGGGCGCGCCGGCGGGCCCGCGCGGACUCGAAUGCGUCAACGCCGCCGGCCCGUCCCCCCCUCUGCCGCCGUGCCCGCAGGAGAGCCGGACGUCACGAGGGUGCGACUGCCUCUGGGGAGGUCGUGGCGAGCCUCGGGGGCGAGGGUCCUGCGGCGAUUCCCUCGGCGACCCCCUCGGCAUCGUUAACAUCAGAACGUGGAGAGACUCUCAGCUUCGAGACGUGGCCAGGGGUGAAGAUGGAAUGCGACGGUGAAGAUCCUUCCGCCUCCCUGCCGAUCGUGAAGCGGGAGCGCGGAGGGAUCGCCAGCUCUGAGAUAUGGCCAGGGGUGAAGGUAGAACAUGGCGGGGGGGAGGAUUCUUCAGUUCCCCUCUCGAUCGUGAAGCAGGAACAGGAAGAAACUCCCGGCUGUGAGACGCAGCUGGGGUAAAGGUUGCACACGGGAGGCCGAAUCUUUGCUUUGGGAACAGAUGUUGAGGUCUACGUGGGAAGAGUGGAGAAGGUUCCAAGCAAGCAUGUCGAGUGAGUCCUCGACUGGGACCUUUGCUAAUUUGGUGGCACGGAUGGAGGAUGUGGGCUACACAGAGGGGGCAGGUCCCGUGGAACGGAGAUUAAACACUCGAGAAGCUGACCGAGAGAGAAAUGUUCAGAAAAUGCCGCGCGAUACAAGGGCCAUUCGAAAGCACGAGCACAUCUGCACAACUGUGAAGGUACACAAUGUGGAGUCAAUAGUUUUUGCUCUGAACAGAUACACGUGAAGUAAAAACUAUGUAGACUCCCAGAGGGUGAUGCGCACCCCAGGUUAAGAAGAACCACUGGUCUAGACUCAUGAGAACUUAGUUUCACGCCCGCGUGGGUCUCACAGCCGACGCCUUCCUCGGUUUGCUGCUUCCCGAGCGACUGGGUGAGAGGCCAGGAUCUUCGUCACAGGGUUCCACCUUCAUGCCCAGCCACAGCUCGCAGACUGAGCUCCCUUCCGGUUUCUCACAACAAGGGGGAAGAGGCGCAUGCAUGUCGGGUUUCACCGAGUCACCCCUCUGCCUACCCCCUUCAUGAGCUCCAUCUGACUCCCCCCCCCCCCCCCCCACCGUUUGUAGCAUUGCACGGUUCGUAAGUCGUGUACAGCGCCAUAUUUAAAUGCCUGCACGGUCGGUGUUGUGCAACGUGUUACGGUUGAAUUAAGAGGCAACGUCGUACAUUUGCAUGUAAUACUGGACUGUAUCAAAUACCAUGAAGUAAAUCUUAUCAAAAAACGAAA